CAACUUGACUGAUGAGGCCAAUUGCCACCUCGAUGGUUACAUUAAUCAGCAAAACUGUCGCAUAUGGGGCUCGGAAAUCUCGAGAUUUAUUGUUAAGGAGCCUCUCCAUACUCAAAUAUUUGAUGCCCGGCCGAAAAUGAACAGAUUGCGCUAUCGAGAGAUGUUUAAUGCUUUAUUAUAGGCGGAAUUGUAUGGUAUUGACGUUUACUUUCAACAAGAUGGCGUUGCGUGCUACACAAGUAAUGAAACCAUCGACCUUGUAAGGGAAAAGCUUGUAUCUCUUAAAGAAGUGAUCGCAAUAGGCCACCGAUAUCUCGUUAGUUAGCACCUUGUGACUUCUUCUUUUGGGGCCACAGGCCAAUGUCGAUUUAAAACCUCAAAGAUGAACUCGUAAAGCUAUUGAGGGCAUACAACAGUCACUUUGCGAUUUGGAGAUGGAAAAAAAUCAUAAAAAGGAUAUGGUCCUGUAAGUGUGGCCGUGGCGGUAAUUUGUGUCGUAUUGUUUUCCAUUAUUAAUGGCAUAUCUUCCUCUUUACAUUGAAAUCAACAUUGAUUGGUUUACAGCAGGGCGAGUUACAUACCCUGUAUUUCAACAGAGACUUUUCGAUACCGGGCCACCUCGAGACGGAACCACGGCCUUAUUACAGAGGCGCGCUGUCCGAAAGUAUUAGAUUACGAGGCAAACAAAUAAUAAAAUAUCUACAACAUUAACAAAAACAAGGAACACACAAGAGAGGCAAUGAAGAUUAAGAGUACAAGAGACAUAUCACCAGAAACUCCAACUAACCAAACUAAACCAAAAGCAGAUAGUAGGUCUUCACUCACACUUUGCUGAUGAUAUGAAAAGAGGUCAUGAAAAGCGAUAUCUGAGGGUAAACGAACCUAGUCAACCUCUAGUAGCGUGCCCCGUAGAGAGCAUAGAGGGCAUAGAACCCCGCCUUCAAUGGAAAAAAAUAAUAGAGAAAAAAAAAAUCGAAAAUGAGUUUCAGAUAAUCCCUCAAUGAAUAACACUUUCGAAUAAUAAUAUUUUUCGAUUAAGUAAAUUUAUUUUUAAUUCGAUUUCGAUUUCGACUUUACAAAGAUGUUAGGUGCAAAUAAAAACAAAAACAAAAGUCAAAAAAAUAUUACACCGUUCAAUCAGACGAUCUCGAAAGCAUUGCAGUCGAAUCCAUUUGUACAUGUGAGCAUAUAAAAUCAGAAAAAUGCGUCAUGAAGAACGAUCACCGUUCUCUUCGACUCUCACCGCGCAGUGUGUGUGGCUGGCUAUGUUAUCAAACAAACAAAAAUGUGGCUAAGAAAGAAAAAAACGUGCGAAAACCCGUUGGAAUGGUUAAGUUUUUUCUUCAGCCAACACAACAGCGAGCCAUCCAGCCACUUAGCCGCUUGGAGCAAUAACCAAAUGCCGUUUGGAGCGAAACAACAGUCUGCAGAAGCCACUCAAUACAAGCGGAUCGAAACGAAUUAACAACCGGAGAAGAAAUUCAUACGAAUUAAAGUCACAGCUACGGUGGCAAAACUGUGUUUAGCAAACAGCCGAAUUAAUGGUGUGUUUUGGUGUUACUAUAUAUGCUUUUUAUCGGUUUUAAUUUAUUUACGCUUGGUGAAAAGAAAGUCAGUCAGCUGCACGGUGCCAUGUAUGUGUAAACGAACGUAACGUGAUUGAAAAAGUAAACAAAAACAGUGGAAAACAGCAGUUAAAAGUUAAAUAAAUAAAUAAUGGCAUAGCGUAUAUAUGAUAAGAAAGAUGUGCUAGAAAAUUCGUAAAAAACUACAAAAUUUAAUCAACUUUACUGCUGAGAAAUCUAUAACGUAAUAGUUGCAUUACACAACUUAAGAAGCCGCCUUGGAACUGGAUUCCUCGAUAACCUUCAUUUAUUUACAUAAAACUUUAAUGUCAAUUACGCUCAAAGAGAUGACUUCAUCGUCAAAGUCAAGUUAUAGUUAUUGUUGAAUAAUAUUGAAAGUGAAUAGACAAAUAUACAAAUUUAACAAGACUCCAUUGAUUGUUACUUUCUGUGAACUGUUGUUGUGUCUUUUUCGUUAUGAGAUAAAGAAAAUAAAAUUAAUAAGACAACAGUACAUAUGUACUUUAAACAAAUAAUAAAUUUGAUGCAGCACAAAAUGCCAUACAAUCUGUUUUAUCUAAAAAAGAAACAACAAAGAAACUGUCAACGAAAUUGCCAGCAACCCCAGCAAAAACAACAUCGGUCGCUUAUACAACAACAUUCAAAUUCGGCCAAACACUUCAAACAUUGCAGCGACGCUCGACAUCAGUUGGUUGUUCUACUAAUUGCUCUUAUUUUAUUAAAUGAUGUUACUGAGUGCACUGCUUCUGCAGCAGUAGCAGCAGCAGCAUCAACAUUAACCGACGAACCAAUAGUAACUACUAGCAAAUAUCUUAUACGUGAUAAUGAAGAAAUUGGCCAUAAUCAGCAUAAUAACAUUAUUGGCGAAAUUAGGGAUGUAAAUAAUUUGUCAUUUGAUGCCAACAAUGGCGCUGGAAACACUGGAUUUCCACAGCACCGAAAUGGUUUCCAUCAAAAAUUUUCUUCAUUAGACAAAGAAGUAGUUGAUCAUUUAAUUAAACGUUGGGCACCCAUUGUUUGGCUGGCGCCAGAGGAAAAAUUCAUGCCACUUGGGGUUGAUGAAUUUCUAAAUCAUGUACAACCCAUGGAUAAAGGUAAAACCCUAAUACCUGGCAUACCGAUUGGCGAUGAUUCGAUGAAAGCUUUCUUGGUGACUAAGGCGGAAAUAGAUGAGCUCCUUGAGAACGAAAAAUCAUUUAUCUACGGUCGAAACCCAAACGAAUCACCGGUACCAAUUUAUGCCGUAGUAACGCUUUGCAAUAAACCUUUACGAAAAUCAUCAGCAACGCCAGUGUCAAUACUCUCUCCUUCUACGCCACCUUCUCCAACACAAUCUAGUGAUUCGGAACAAAUGAACAUCGAACCUUCUGGGCACAUAAAUUUAAGUUUUAUGCCCAGCGGACAUCGAACAACCAAUUUUCAAAACCUAAACGUCGUCCUUGGCGCAACAAUCCCAUUGAGUAGUACUCGUGGACCUUAUAUACCGGUCUCUAUAGAUCCAUUGGAAGUGCACAAUAAGACGAUACGUCGCUCGUCACGCCUAUAUCCAGUAUUUCAGAGAGUUCGGCGAAAUUUGCCAUUGUCACCGCCAAUAACACUUAAUUUGCCACCAAAAGGUUUAUUGAUAGAGCCUUAUGAUGAUAUCGUACUCAGUAAAAGUCCCUCUGAUCAAUCAAAAGGUGCGGAAGAUAUAUCAACCACGGAUGCCCCAGUAAAAGCAGAUAAUAAUGGACAAGUGAAUAAUUUCAUAGCUAAUUUGGCGGAUAAUGUGAAAUUCAGUAUGCCCACGGAGGAGCUAAUGGAGGAAAAUAAUAUAGAUGUCGGUGGUAGUUUUGAUCAAAUAGAAACAAAAAUACCAAUUUCAAGCCAUGUUAACGGAAAAGGAAAAAUGCCAAAAUUCCACGUGACCUACUGGAUGUUUUAUCCUUAUAGUCAAGGUAAAACAAUGUGUACGCUAAGCCUAGGACCUCUUGGUAGCAUUCCAUUUCCUGCAGUUUAUGGAUUCUGCCUGGGGAGUCGCAAAGAUAUUGGAAGUCAUAUUGGUGAUUGGGAGCAUAUGAGUUUAUACUUUACUGGUGAAUCUGAGCCGGAGGCCAUGUAUGUCUCGGCGCACGAUGCAGGCGCUUACUACUCCUACAAUCGUCUAACAGGCUCUUUUGAGUUCCAGAAACAGGAAACACGUAAAGGCAUUUUACAAAGACCUAAUUUUCCAAAAACAGUCACAACAUUUAAUAAUCACCCCGUACUUUUUGCGGCCAAAGGUUCGCACGGCCUAUGGACUGCUCCGGGAAAGCAUCGGUUUGUGAAAGUUGCAAGACUGUAUGACAUAAAUGGUUUCGGUACCCCUUGGAAUACGUGGAAGUCGGUUCAAAUUUCUUAUGAAAAUUUAAAAUCAUACGGGCGCGCUCUGAUACCAUCAUGGUUAUCUUUUAAAGGUAAAUGGGGAAAUCCCAAAAGUAAAUGCCAUCCAUUUCGACGCAUUGGCUUGAACUUUUGCGAAUAUACUGAUGGUCCCACUGGCAUUCCACUAAAAGAACCACAUUUUCAAUGUGGCUUAUCCUAAGUGAAUUACAUUCUAUUGCAUAUAAGUCUAGGUUAGUUAAUUUUAAUAUUUAUUGCAUGAACGUAUUGUAUUAUCAUAAAGAACAUUGUUCUGGUUGAAAUUUUUUUAUAAAGACUCUUUUAUACAAAAACUUAUCUAUUUUUUACUUGCGACAAAUUAAAAUAGAAAGUGUGCUUUUAAGGAAGUGCAUGCAGAGCGCAAUAGCCUAGUGGUUAACAGUGCGUGCUAUCGUAUUGGGGGUUAUGGGUUCGAAUACUGGACAAACAAAAAUCCAAAUUAUAGAUAAAAAUUCAAUACAAGUAUGUACUUUUUUGCCUUGUUUAUACCCCCACAUGAUCAAUUUCAAAAUUUAAAUC